CAUUAAGAACGUCGGUUACUAACCGCUCUCUACAGCCGUUAAACAACCAACGUUUAACGUUACGUAAUGUUUAAUGUCAAACGUUUAGUUAACCGCUGACAGAAAGUAUCGUAACUUAAGAAGCACACAGAGGAAGAUGGACCAAACUUCAUACCCUCGUAUUUAUGUGGAGAGAACACUGGCCAUUAUUAAACCGGAUGCCAUCCACAGAGCUGAAGAGAUUGAGGACAUCAUCCUGAAAUCGGGCUUCAUUAUCCUGCAGAAACGGAAGCUGCAACUAAGUCCGGAGCAAUGCAGUGACUUCUACGCAGACCAGUAUGGAAAACUCUUCUUUCCCAGCUUGACUGCCUUCAUGAGCUCUGGCCCCGUCAUCGCCGCGACUCUGGCUCGUGAAAACGCUAUUGCCCACUGGAAGUCCAUCAUAGGGCCUGUCAACAGCAUCAAGGCCAGAGAAACUCAUCCAGACUGCCUCAGAGCAAAAUAUGGCACUUCUGACCUGAAAAACGCAGUCCACGGCAGCGAGUCAUUUCACGCAGCUGAACGGGAAAUCAAAUUCAUGUUCCCAAACUCUGUAAUCGAGCCCUUUCCCUCGAGAGAAGCAACUGAAGAAUACCUGAGCAGGUACGUUAACCCAACUCUGCUUCGUGGACUCACUGAGCUCUGCAAACACAAGCCACACAACCCCUGUAUUUGGCUUGCUGACUGGCUGAUCAAAAACAAUCCAAAGAUGCCAAUAAUAUGCGAUGGAGCCAUUGUGGAAGAAGCAGAAUGAGAAUAUAGUUUCACGUUAUUUUUUAAACAAAUGUA